AUGGUCCAAACCAAGACACCGCACGAUGCCAUUCCAGGUUUCGAACGCAUUGCCGCAACGAUAUGGGACCGUAUCCCUUCGACACCCUCGACGCCUACAGAAGACAUCUCAGCGCCGUCUCUGAUCCUGCUUAUGACAUGGACCGGUGCUCACGGCCGCCACAUCUCCAAAUACACUUCGGAGUACUCGACCAUGUUCCCAUCCUCACACAUCAUGGUCAUCACAACAUCAUCGGCAGACUUCGUCUUUCGAAGCUCUGUACGGAAACAAGAACGCCUCCAACCUGCCAUCAAGUACAUCUCUAAUCUCCAACAUGUUCCAUGCCGCAACAACGGGGGCAUACUGAUGCACGUGUUUUCAGAAGGUGGGAGUAACAAAGCAUGCGAACUCGCAGUUGCCUACCAGCGCAUCACUGGCACGCGCCUCCCACUCUCUGCUCUAUAUCUCGACAGCACGCCAGGCCAUCCACGGUAUCUGCGUCUUUGUUCUGCGCUCGCAAAAUCCUUCCCGCCCAUACCGGUACUCAAGCAACUGGCAACUAUCGUUGCAACGUUAAUUCUGGGUGUGAUAUGGAUGAUGUACCACAUUGUCAUUGGGUAUGACAACAACCCCGUCUCGAGAAGCCGAAAGCAGCUCCUCGACUCUCAGCUUUUCGACCUCAGGGUCCCAAGAUGCUACCUCUACUCCAAAGGAGAUGGGCUCAUCGCAUGGCAAGAUGUAUACGAGCAUGCAGGCGAGUCCAUGGAGCACAGCGGCGCCGUCACCGAAGUCAUCUUCGAGAACUCGGGACAUGUCGACCACGCGCGGAAAGAGCCGAACAGAUACUGGGAUGCGAUAACGACGGUCUGGCGGCAGAGUCAAGAAGACAUCAACGAGAAGGGAACAAGAGCUACAUGUAUGCUGAGGGAGAGCAUGCUGCCGGAGUUUGAUUUCGAGGAUGGAGUCACUGAUCUCGCGGUCCGCAUGCCGGCAAAAGCGCUCCUCAAGAAGAGCAGAUGGAGCGAUGCGGAUUCUGAAAUAACAUUAUUGCCUAGUCUACCGCCGACACCGAGUGUGGAGAGGAUGAUGGAGGUGGAGAGGAGAUUAUACUACGAUGGGUUUGUUUGA